AUGGAAGCAAUUUCAAUUGCUGCCAGUGUGUCCCAGAUUGUCGUAUAUAGCGUUUCUUCAAUCCACUAUUUAAGAAAGUUAACCUCAGAACUCACCCAAGGUAGUUCCGCAUAUUACGAAGAAGAGAAGAGCAUCCGUUCCUUGCUCGACAUCGUUUCUCGACUUUAUCUGCAGAACGAGAUCGACGACAGUGAUCACCUUCUUUCGAUUUUGCUAGACAUAUCCCGUGUUUCCUGCGACAUCCUUCACUGUUUUCGACCGAAGAUCGUCUGGGGUCUCAAUUUGGCUCCUAUCAUCAACAAGGAUAAGAUCCUUUCAUCUCUGGCACUGCUUGAUACGAAACGAAAACUUCUUCAUAUCCACAAUACCCUAUCCUUGCUGCAACCAGGCCAUCAAAGGCAUCAAACCCGUUCCACAAUGGCGCAACAGAAUCGCGAGAUCGAAUUUAGUGAACACCGCACGGAGGGAGUCGCAGAGCGUUUCAGCGGAUUACAACCUAAUGUCCUGGAAUCAACCAAAAAGAUCACAUCGAAAGGAAAUUAUGUAGGACCAGGGGCUAUGGACCUUGGCUUCAACCAGACUGAGCUCUCCAACGAUCACCGGAUACAAGCGAUGCAUCAAAACGUCAAAUAUUAUACACAACGUCCUGCAGAAGACUCUCAUGAUAACAAAGCCAAAGUCGCAUCUUCAGCCUUCUCUGGGGUUAAAAAAUAUGGUUUCGAGUCGGAUGAAGCCUAG